CCAAUAAGACCAUGUGGUAAAUGGGAAAAAAAAGUAAGAUGUGCACAGUGAGCAACAUAUAUUCGGAGAUUAAUUUUCCUCAUUAUUAAAUUUAUUCGAGUUUCAUUUUCUUGAAAUCACAUUGAACAUUUUAACCCUCUUAAUAGUUCAUUUUUAAGGAAAUUACUUGUUUCAAAUUUUAUUUUCGAUUCGAUUUGGUUAUACAAAGCAAUCUCCCACCCUAGUCAUACACAAUGCAGUCAAAAUCACGCUUUAAAAUUAAAAAACUUACAAUUUUACGCUUCUAGGUCACCAAAACGCUUUCUUUUCUAUAUAAAAUCUUUAUUGUAUUAAAUCGAACUAAAUUUCGUUUUAAAGCUUGCGCUUUUAUGCUUCUAGUUCACCAAAAAGCUUUACGUUUUUACGCUUCUAGUUCACUUAAUGGGUAUUCUUUUCAUGAAAUUAAUUAUAAAAAGUACAUUUUAAAGGUAAAUCACCAACAAUAUGAUACAUUUGAGAUUAAAAGAAACAUACUAGGUACUUGAAUGCAUUCUCAACUUCAAUAGAGUAAUCUGAUUCACCAGCUAGGCCCUUAUCAAAUUCAUUACCAAAGCGCGGAAGGUGGGUUAUUGUUGAGAUCUAUAUUUAUGAACUUAUUGUUAAGAUGCUAUGAGUUUCUCUACUUUAAACAUGAAUUUUAGGUAUUUAUUACCUUAUCUAAAUUCCUUGCACUCAUAUUUUACAUACUAUAUGUCGUACUAAACAGAUUUUUGGCUAUUUUAUAGUAUGCGUUAAAAACUUACGCUUUUACGCUUUAAUUCUACACUUUACAAUUUUAUCCCUUUUCCGUUUCUAGUUAGAAUCGCGCUUUUGACUGCAUUGGUACUCAUACAUAUAAAAGCUUUGAUAAAAUAAUAAAUACUUUUUCUUUUAAUAUAUUUGAGUGUAUGUGAGGGAUGGGGUAAGAUGAAAAACCCUUUCAUCCUCACUAAAGUUCAGUUAAUUCUUUUCAUGUAACUUUAAAUUACAUUUUCAUCAAACCUAAAGAACUUGAUUCCUCUGUCUGUGGUAUCCUAUUAGUUAUUUUCAAUGGCUAAACCCAACCACACAAAGAGCUUUCCUGAAAGUAGUCAACACCUUAUCUAAUGUGUAAUAAAAAGAAGGGCUAAUACCACUACAACACCCGAACUAUCGCGAAAAUGCCACUUGUGUCCUAUUCUUUUCAAUAUUCCAUUCAAUCCUGAACUAUUAUAUUUUGUGUCAUUUGUAUCCUGCCAAUUUCGUUGACCGUUAAAGAUAACAGUUGACCAAACAGCGGUCAACUCAACACUGCCCCUUGGCGAAAGCUCAAUCGUCAUUCACCAUUCCACGAGAACCAGCUGUUCUUGGUCUAGAUUGCAUGCCCAUUCGAAGUCUAAAAGGGGUUCAGUUCCAGAAAUCAGAAAAUCUCGCACCGGCAAAAGGAGAUCGUGAGCGUGUUGGCGACAACUCUCUACUAACACCACGAACAGCUCGAAUGUUUCCACAAUAGGGGGAUCACCACAGCGAAAUCAGAUGUUUUCGGCUUCUGGAUCCGCAUCGCCAUCGAUUUGGGGAAGAAGGGAGGUGGAUUUAGCUUACCCAGCUUCCGGCUUCGACGAAUGCAGUAGCAGCAAGCCCAGAUCUGGUACUGCUGCCGCAGUUACAGCAACAUCGUCCUUGUCGCCCAUUCUCCGUAUCUUGCUUUUGAUGCUCGUACAAGCUUUAUCCGGAGCCUCAACGUCGACGGGAGCGAGUUCUAGGACUACCUCCGACUACCAGUACAGACUUUAUCAAUCGGCGACACUAUCGCCAUUGAAAUAAGCAAAACAUUCACUACUCCUCCUGUCCGCCUCACCAUUAUUUCCCAGGUUGCAAGGAUGCAUUACCAGAGUUGGAAGAAAUCAUAGCUUAACGGAUUAGUGUAGUGGGUAUUUUGAUUGGAAAGAAAGUGAAACGAAUGGAUCGGGAAUGAAAAAGGGAUAUCGAAGACGAUGGGGGAAGGGUAGGUGGGUGAGCGGAGGAAGAGUACGGUGAAAGGGUUUUGGAUCUAGGGAUUUGACUUCUCUGAGAUCUGUAAUCGAGAUCCAUCGUUCCAUGUCCGAACUCUGCUCCAGCGGCCACGACCAGGAGUCCUUCGAUCUCGCCAAUUCACCAGAUACACGCACCAUCUUCAGCUCAUCAUCAACCACCUCCUCCGAUCCUCUCCGUCGCUUUCUGCUCCCGCGGAGACUGGAUGGAGAGGCAUCUCCGAUGAUCUAUCUGAUGUUGCAGAAGCGAUUUUAGCCUAUAGGAAGAGGAACAAGAUCAGUGUUCUGGUCCAGUUCCUGUGCUCGUCUGAUCUGGAGCCGAGGGUCGACGGCUGCUCAUCUAUUCCAGGCAACGAUUCAAUCUUGGAGGGGAAGAGGAGCGAACGGAGAUAUAGAGUUUUAUUUUUUAUUUUAGUUUUUUUAUAAAUAUUAUUUUAAAUAAAUUCAGAUUAAAAAAUUACACGUCAGAUGCCACAUCAGCGUCGAAGAUGCCACAUCAGCGCUGACUAGAUUUUCUGUUAAAAACUAACGGUCAACAAAAGUCAACACUAAUGGAAUCAUAGUUCAGGACACAUAUGGAAUAUUGGAAACAAUAGGACACAAGUGGCAUUUUCGCGAUAGUUCAGGUGUUGUAGUGGUAUUAGCCCUAAAAAGAAAAUGAAUUCAUCAUUAAUGUCUACUUCCCUCAUAGCAACAAUGAAAAAAUCAAUUAAUUGAGAUUUUGGAUAAUAUGAAGAUCAAAAUGAAUGAUGGCAAAGUGUGCCAUACAUAGGACUAUCAAUUCGGAUUCAAUAUAUUUUUUAUAUUUUAACUAAACAAACAGAUAAGGUGCUCUUAUUGUUUUUGGUUUCGGUCCCAAACUCUUUGUGCAUAUCGUUUUUUGUUUGGUCAAAAUUGAAAAACUGAUAAAAAUAAAAAUAAAAAUAAAUCACAACCAAUACACAAAUACUCAAUAUUCAAUUAAGCCUCGGGUUUCAUUCUCUUGAAAUCAAAUUGAACCGCGUAAGCUUCGGAUUUCAUUUUAUCGAAAUCGAAUUGAACCAUUUAAGCCUCUUAAGCCUCGGGUUUCAUAUUCUUGAAAUCAAAUUGAAUUGUUUAAGCCUCUUAACAGAUCAUUUUUAAGAAAAUUAUUUUAUUUGG